ACAACAUCGCCACAUCGACCCCUUCGUCGUUAUCAUGGCGUCCAGUGCUGUCGAGCCCCCAGUCGCAGCAAACCUCGCCCCAGGUCCUCAAAAAAGGACAAGGCAGGCAACAUUGAAUGCAAGUCUCCGGCUUACGGGUGCCAGCACUGCAUCUCCAGCAACACUCAACGGAACCGGCUCUUCUAAACCGGGUCCCAGCGCCUUCGCGUCCAUCAUCUCUCUUCCCCCGUCCGCCAUUACACGUGAAAAGCUUCGCGAUGUCGAGAACGACGUCGAGAUCCUCCUCUCAGCCCACCAGGCAGGCCACAUCUCCAAGCGCAUCGUCGAGAACCUCGCAGAGGUCCAGUGCCCUUCGUGCGACGCGUGGGUCAAGUCCAACGCAGGCAAGACCGUCCACGACCUCGUCAAGGCCUCUCACUUCUACAACCUACGCACCCAUCGCGCCAGUGCCCGGUGCGCCGCCGCGCGUGCCGAGAUGAAGAAGGAGAGUAGCAAGGCCAAGAUCCAAACUCCCUUAUCGUUCCCCAUUCUUUCCUCCGACUCCCCUUCCAAGCCUAGUUCGCAGAUACAGCAGCCCCCAGAACAUGCCACCCUCCCCCAGGCACCGUCCUCACGCCGUUCAUCCGUCCACGUCUCAGAACCGCCUUCGGCGGCGCUGAUGGACUACGACCUCGGCGACGACUUCCAGCCCUGGCGCUCACGCAAGUCCCCAGAACGCGAGCUCCUCCCCCACGAGUACCUGCCCGAUAGAGACCCGUUCGCCGACUACGAUAACCCCAUAUCUCCCCGGACAUCGCUGCACCCCGAUCAGCCCUUCCUGCUCAUGAAUGGCUCGGCAUCUGCGCCAGACCUUUCGCUCAACUUCCACGAUAAUGAAUCGAAUCCACAGCCUACCUCUUCUAACGAAGAGCGUCUGCCCAAUACCAUUACCAUCGCCCCUAUCGACACCCACUCGAUAUCACCAGCAGCCCAGCAACCGCUAUCAGCAUUCGACUCGUCAGACGCCAUGCCAUCUUCCGCCAUCUCCGAGCUAUCCAAUCCUCCACUCGAGUCAUCCGCCGACCCGGCAUGGCCAGAAGAUAUAUCGUUAUCGGCGGCGAUUGCGUCAACAAGGCUCGCGCUCGAGGAGCUGUUCACGGUGUAUACCACGUCGCUCGACCCACCACCAGAUAACUCGUCCAUCAUCGGAGACGCUCCUGAAUCGAUAUCAGCCCAGUCGCCCAUGGACGUCGCCCCGUCAAUAUCGGCCCGCGCCAGCGCCAGCCGUGGUCCCACGCCCUCCGACAUCGCACCCACCGCGAGCGCCAGCGCCAACUCACAUCGGAGCAAAUCUCAGAGCCAAGGCAUAUCUCAACGACGCAAGAGCACGACCCCCGCCAACUCUGGGUCCUCGAACUCGACCUCAAAUCUCAACCAGAAUUCAGGACCGGGACCGGGACCGUGCCUCGGCGUGCCCAUCGUCUGGCCAUCCGAAGCCGGGCCCUUCUUCACCUCCUUUCCGUUUUCCCGGCUGGGUGACGAUGUGCCUGACUCGCUCCCUUUCACACUCGAGAUCACGGACGGGGGCAACUCGCGCUUGGCGCGCGCCAAGACGUGUAAGGGUGUCGCUGCGCCCCGGAGUGGACCCAAGUGCAGGCAAUGCGCGAGCGUCAAGUAUGCGGUGGCAAGGCUUGUGAAGGAGGCGAUGGCUGGGAGUGAUGAGGAUAGGGAGGGGGAGGGGAGUGAGCAGGAUCAGGAGAAGGAUCAGGAUGGGAGUGAUGAGGAGGCGGAGCCGCGGGCGAAGCUACGGGGUCGAAAACAAUCCACAGACACCACCACCUCGCGAGCACCCAGCGAGCCCCGCCAUCAACAUCGACAAUCCGGCCUGCGCGAUCGCGAUAGACGCCAAUCCGCAACCCACACCACCACCACCAACCCCGGACCGAACACGGCAACCCUCAAACGACGAGAAAGCCAUCGCGACACGGGAAGCAGCAGCAAACACUCUUCAACAGCAUCAAAUCACCAUACCAAGCUCCAGCAGUCCGCGAGCGUCGCGAACCUCCGCCGGCGAGACGCGAACGUCGACGAGCGCCCGCCGAGCGCCCAUCUGCGCGACCGGCGGCAGUCGACGGGAGCUGUGGGCGGCGGGUCGCUGAAGCGGAAAGACCAGGCGAGCGAGAGCGUGGCUGCGGCUGCGGCGGGCGGGCGCAAGGUCGCGAGGCGGUCGUGAUGUCGUGUCGCUUUCGUUCUUUAUUCUCGCUCGCAUUGGGCUCUGCUUAUUUCAACUUUUUUCUUUUAUCGUUACCCAUUUUACACUUGACGCGUACACACCCGCUCAUUGCUCCUUACCUUUUUAUAUCGCUCUAGCCUAGUCUUCUUUUUCUUUUUAUUCAUAUUCAAUUCAUGCGCGAAUUAUUCUUCUGUCGCAGAGUUUAGCUGUGCGUACCUAUUACCCUUUCUUUUUCUUCUUUUUGCUCCUCCUUUCUGGAUGACGAGACGAUAUGCCCGCCGCCGCAGGUAUCAUUAUUCGCGCUACGUUAUCGUUACUUUUUCGAUUGAUAUUGAUAUUGAUAUUAUUGAUAUUGGUCACAUUGUGUAUUAUGUAUUUACGUUUCUCCUGUUUUUUCUUCUUCAAGCAACUCUACACGGGUUUUUGUGAAGCCCGAUCUAUCCCC